CUCUGCUGCAGAUGCCCAGAACUCCACCAAUCCUGUUACAACAGCCAAUAUCACCUCACAGACACAGCUGUGGGAAGCGUAUACAGGUUUUGGUGCGCCUCUGACCGAAAUCCAUGAGGGAACAUAUUCGAUAUUUGUAAGAGUAGCGUAUCCAGGAGGCUGUUUUUCUAUUGCUGAGGUAAAAAUGGACGUUAAAUUCUUCAGAGUGGAAGCGAAUACAAAAACUGCUUAUAUCUGUUUCGACGGCGUGCAGGAUAUUUCGGUAGAUCUGGCAGCACUUUCCCAGUCGAUGCUGAUCAGUCCGACAUCCGGAGUAACUGUUACUUUCCAUCUUUCACAGAAUGAUGCAGAACUUCCUGCAAAUGCUGUUUCAUCCACACAACUCAUCACCGACGACGGUUUAUGUCCUGCAGGCACCGUGAUUAACGUAAAACUGAAAAAGACACCCGUUUUUGCGAUUGCUGAUCAUUAUUUCUGUCCAUACGAUGAUUCGGUGGAUAUAAAACCGGAUUUUACGGGUCUUAAUCUUGUCGCUUAUGAAUGGAAAAAUCCUGCGGGCGAAACCGUUUCGGUUACUCAUGAGCUUUUAGGCGUGAACGUAACGGGAAUUUAUUCACUUAAAGUUACCGCAGCAAACGGAUGUGAUUUCACGGCUUCUUUUAAUGUAAAACAUUACGAAGUUCCGGUGAUCACUCAGCUGGUACCGAACGAUUGGAAUCAGGAUGGAACAUUUGAUCAAGCAAAUGAACAAUACUUCACAGGUUCUCCAACGGCUAAUGCAAGAAUAAGUAUUAAUACCUCGACUGGUACGGACGGAAAAAUGGCUACUGGUAAAAUUGCCGCUCCCGCUGAUGCGUUAUUGGGAGAAACAAGGAUGAGAGUUAUAAAGCAGUAUAAUGCGGCUGUUGUAACUGGCUGUGCUGCCGUCACUUAUGGACAAGCUGAAGAUUACAUUGUUAAUGUAAAAGCAAUGACAUUACCUCUUUGUACUACUUUCACAUUGCCGACAGAUGGGGCUACAGAUGUAUUGCCUAAUCCUGCAUCAAUUACGUGGGCAGCUGCUUCAAACGCAAGUGGUUAUAAAGUAUACAUGGGAACAACUUCGGGCGGUACUGAUGUUGCAAACGGUGUUGACGUUACGACAAAUAGCUAUAACCCUAUUUUAGCUGCAAACACCCAAUAUUUUGUAAAGGUAGUACCUUAUAAUAUUUUGGGAACUGCGACAGGAUGCGCUGAAAUUUCAUUCACAACCGGCGGUAUUGUGUAUUGUGCGGCGACACACACCACUGUGAAUGCUGAUAGAAUCUCUAAUCUUACAUUUGCUAAUAUCAGCAAUGCGAGUGCUGCGACGACAGUUACAGGAGGAUAUGAGGAUUUCACCACCGUAAUUGGAAAAGUAGAAGCUGGCGGGUCUUAUCCGAUGACUAUUACCGUAGCAAGUGGUAACGCUAAUGAUAAGUUUGAAACCAUGAGUCUGGCAGGAACAAUUCCUGUUACCGAAAACUGGACAAAAAAAGAAAUUGAAGAACAGAAACCGGUAACCGAUUUUAUUAAAAAUAUUCUGAAAAACUUCACUUCUGAAGUGGAAGAAUCUGAAACCUACGAUCAUAUUUCCGGAAAUAUCAAACAUCUAAGAACCGAUUUCAAAGCGAAAAUCGAAAAAGAAGAUCUCGGAAAACUCAUUACCGAACUGCAUCCGACGCCAGCAGUAUGCGGUAUUCCGAAAGCAUUUUGCAUGAAUGCUAUUGAUGAUUUCGAGAUGCAUCCACGGAAUUUCUAUGCAGGAUAUAUUAAAGUGGAAACCGAAGAAACGGGACCGGAUAAUAAUACUUCUGUAUUGAAAAAGAAACUGAAACUCUCUGCAACUGCCAUUAAUCUUCUGAAAACUUUGGAUAAAGGAAGUUACACCAGCCCAGAUAUUUUAGCCGGCAGAAUAAAGCAGUUUCCGAUUGAGGUUCUCAGUUUCCGUCCUCUUGAUGA